AUGGAAGUCGUCUUGCCGCGCCUUAACUUCGAACCGGACGUCGCCGCCAUGUCCACCCCGCACUUCAACCCCGCUGACUUCGUCACCCCGUGCGGCUCGCCGACCGAGCCGCCCUUCAUGAACAAGCUGCCGCUCCCGGCCCCGUCUCCGCCCUCGCUGGGCCGCCAGCGUCUCGACGCCUUCGACAUUGUCUGCCUCAUUGGCAAGGGCGGCUUCGGCAAAGUCUUCCUCGUUUGUCACAAGGCCACGGGCUACACUUACGCCAUGAAAGUCAUGGAGAAGGACGUCCUCGUCGAGCGCAAGGCCGUCCGUGACGCCCAUUCAGAGCGCAACGUUCUCGCCAUGGUCGGCCAAUACGACCUCCCGUUCAUUGUCCAACUCCAUGUCGCCUUCCAGACCUCGCAGCGCGUCUACCUCGUCAUGGACUUUGCAGCCGGCGGCGAGCUCAUGUUCCACCUGCGCCGCGAGGCCAUGCUCAGCGAAGACGCCGGCCGCUUCUACGCGGCCGAACUCCUCAUCGCCCUGGAGUCGUUGCACGACAUGAACAUCGUACAUCGCGAUAUCAAGCCCGAGAACGUCCUGCUGGACAACGAAGGCCACCUUGUUUUGACCGACUUCGGCCUCGCGAAAGAUAUCACCGGGCUGGGCGACCAGGCACACUCGUGGUGCGGGUCCGAGGACUACAUGGCUCCGGAGAUCCUCGCCCGCCAGCAACACACGGGGAAGCCGGCAGACUACUGGGCCUAUGGCGUGUUUAUCUUCGAUUGCCUGUGCGGCCAUCCGCCGUUUUCGCCGCUGCAUGAGAAGGGAAAGCUCACACGCAAGCGCUUGCAUGACCGAAUUUUGAAGUGCAAGUACAAGCUUCCUUCGUAUCUCACGCCUCAGUGUCAUUCACUGCUGCGCAAACUCCUAACGAAGGACCCGGCGAAGCGUCUGACAGACCCCGCGGAAAUCAGGAAGCAUCCCUGGUUCAAGACCGUCGACUGGGAAGCGAUGGAAAAGAAGCAAGUGACGCCCCCGAUUCUUCCUACCCAGGGCUCACCGACGGCGUGCUUCUCCCCCUCCCUCACAAGCAUGGCCUACUCUGCCCCCCACUCCCCUCUAACCUUAACUGCCCCUUCCAACGGGAUCCCUAUCCCUGUCGCCAUGGAGAAGGGCACCAUGGCAGGCGAAGCUCUUGCUGGUCAGGUUUCUGAUGCCAUCUGGCAAGGCUUCUCCUUUGUGGCCCCUGGCAUGGAGGUUCACUUCGAGCUCGCACCGGCUUUUGAAGACCGGUCCCCGCUCCAUAGCUCCGUACCGGGCAGCGGUUUCGCUCUUACCAGUAACAGCGCUGAAGGCCCCGUGUUCCUUGGGCCGUCGCAUGCAGCCGCGGAUUGCGGGGUGACGGCGGCCGUCGCGGAGGAUGAUCCUCUUGUUGCCGAACUCGAAAGUUUUUCGCUGGACGCGGCAAAGGCAGUAGAGAUUGUCGAUGGCGACGAUGUUUAGAUGGGGUUGCAUUUUGUUGAAAAGCAAUAAAUGAUGAUGCUGCCGCAACUACAUCAUGCGCGCUCUGUUUCUUAAGGAUGUCCUCAGUAGUGCUGCAAAUCCGGAAUGAGGAGAAUGGCUUCAAAGAUUGUACGCGAUGCUGGUGUUUGUGCUCUAUGCUGCGAGGCUUUUGUGUCAUAUCUUAGGGUGUGACGAGAUUUAUUUGCAGCGUAUGACACAGCGACACGAGCAGAAAUUGAAUAUACCGUAUGCACUCAAAAGGAAGUCGCCGUUCGGCCAGCAAUCAGCUCGUCGACAAAACAGACAUGUGUGACAAGCAAGCAAAUCACACCUCCACUACACUGACAGCGCAACCAGCGGCACCAGCUGCAAAACCCCUGCCCCGGAUACUCCCCCCGAUACUGCCCCGAUAUUGUACUUACUGUACACUCCUCCCAAUAAAUGGCCCACACUCUCUCGGCUUACAGCCACCCCCAGGACGCUUCUCGACGCUUCAUUCAAUGAGUCGCGAAUAUCUAUUGCUGCAACCUGAUUGGCCUUCUGCAAAAUGCAGCCCGGCAUCUCGGCACAAGCACUAUCUCACAUUAAAAUCCCGCCCCCUCUUUGGAAUCUACAAGUCUCCGAUAUUUUCAAAAAGGCUAAGCACCAACAGCCAGCCGAGUAGCAUGAACGACUUCUUCACUCACGCCACAUCGAAAAACAUGGACCCUCUUACUUCGUCUCCGACACGCUCACCCGCUCUGCCGCCGCGCGGCGCGCCGCUCGGGGGAAAGACAUGCCCCGCCCUGCACCAGUCGCACUCGCCAAAGUGCGGCCGAGGGCCUGCCCAUGUGCCGCAUCAACCUUUACCACCGAUGCCGUCGUUGGUGCUCGCGCACCCGAGCAACAUCACCACGCAAGAGGAACCUGUCGUUACCGUGCAACAAGAGCAACAGGAGGAACACCAGCUGCCAAAGGAGAACGAAUACGAGCACUCAAGCGUGCACGGCUAUACCUUCAGCGCCGGGAAUACGAUCGUCACAAAGCAGGAGUAGUGAUCGUUGGUGUGGAUGUGCGGUGGCGCCAGGCGCUGCGUUGCUAUACGUUCACAUCGACCAACUUGUAAAAUCAGAAAUCAGAUCCAGUUCGAUCUCGUCUGUUUGUUCUCUACU